AAACACUAUGACCUAUCGCCCCUCAUUGCAGCCGUGAACAGAUGAGAAAUGAAAGCGGUGGUGACUGUAGCAAAUACCGAUUGAUAGAAGCGAGAAUACGUUUGAAAAAAAUCUUCCUUUUGAAUUCCUCUUCUUUUGUAGUAUAACGAUCUAUAAAUUGAAAUAAGGUCUGUUCAAAGAGGAGAUUACUCGAAACUAAGAGAAGGGUUUGUUUAGCUCGCAAAUUGACUAGCCGUCUAGCUAACAUUAGCUACGGCAAUCUGAAUCACACAUACUGAUUUAUAAUCGACGUCGCUGAUUUAUCGAAGUGCGCAUAUCGUCUUCGACAUCGGGGUGGUCGACCGUUCGCCAUUCAAUCCUGUCUUCCUCCUUGACGCAGUCCAAAGAGUGUACUGGUUCAGAGAAUGCUAAAGAAUGAGUCAAAGGGAUACCUUGGUUCAUUUGUUUGCCGGAGGGUGAGUAGCUAUUAUUUGCUCUGAAUAACGUUAGCUAGUCGACAUGACAUUUCCUGACUGACUUUUACAGUCAAAAUUAGCUUGCAUGGCUAUCUUGGCGAAAAUAAGACCCAUUUAUUUCCCCAUUGCCAUUUUUCAAGGCGCGCGUGCAUGUUACAUUAGCAGCUGCACUACCCGACCCAUCCUCAGGCAGCAGCUAGCCAGUUGCAGCAUCAAAGUAGGCUACCACGGUCGAGCAAGCUAGGCGCUGGCCACUACUAUUGUAGCCUAGUUUCAACACAUCAAAGAUAUUUGCAGUAGUUCCAGAUGUUGACGUUUAUCACAAAAUACAUUAUUUAAUUCGACAGAAAACAGGUUGACACCCACGCAUCACACUCCAGGGUUGUUGGUUUGCUCUCCGACAGAUGAGUAUGCUCGUGAAUGAAAUAUCCAUGACGCACGAGCCUUUGUUGUUCUCGUGCAGCCGUUGACCGAGUAGUGAUGGCUAUGUCGCCGAAUAUCAUAAUUACAUUUCUGGACACAUAUUUUUUUGCGUUGUCAUACUCCGACAAACCUUAUAAAACGCACAUUUGUAAAGAUGGGGAAGAUGCCCUGGCCUAUGCAAUGCAUACUCUGUAACAACUACUGCAACACCAUUCUAUAGACUGGAUAAAAAGGUCAGGUCAAAACACGGGUGUAAUCGUUAUUCCGAACAGGAAUAAUGAUUGCACUAUAAUGAUUACAUUAUUCCAAACAGUUGGAACGUUUUACAACUAAAACGAGAGUUUCUAUUGGACAAAUUUAGGUAGGUCCAUCCCCGUUCCGAUCCGUCUGCUUUCGUUUAAGAAAGGUUUGCCACAAAAUUGUCGUAAUGAAUACGCCCCUAGCUAGGCUAUAUAUUUGACUGACGCUUACACGAUAGGCUAUAAGUAAAACUCAACUCCACAAUGUACUUCACAUCAACGGAGUAGAGCAGCGACUAGUGUGGGCGGACUGGAGCUUCGACAUUAUUUGUAUAUAUAUAUAUAUAAAUGAUCGAAAAGUAUGGAUUUCAGCACCCCCAAAAUAGCCCGCAAUUACACUGCACGUUGUCCCGCUCUACUCUUUUGAAGUAAAAUACAUUGUGAAGUUGUUUUACUUGGCUAAUGAUAGGCUAGUUAUGCAUGUCAGUGGAAAUAUUGAGGAACAGUAUUCUCCGUGCAUUCUAUUUCUAGGACGCACAUGAAAAAAAAAACACGUCUCGUUUGAUUUGGGCUCAAGUCUCCCAGCGUUCAUUACUUUUCAUUCUCAAUGUAUAAAAGAAAACUGCAAGAAAGUCUCUGUUGUAACGUUAUCAGGAGACUACCUGCGUGUUUCAGUUCCUGUAGGCGUGUACAUCAUUGGUGUCAUAUGUGUCACACUUAAUUUCUAGCUUUGCCACAUUGUAAUUUAGUAGACCUUCACAUUCAAUACAUCUUGCCAACACAUGGGAAGUUGGAAGGGUUAAAGGGCACCUGUCUGUAGCCUAGGUUGCUGAAAAUGGACUUGUCUGACUGCUCCAAGUAAAUUGAGAUUGUAGAUCUCACCAAUAUGCUUAGGGGCAUUGAAACAUGACCAGUUGGUUAUUAGAGCCAUUCUCGCAAUUGGACACUAAAUAUGCCUACUUAUCACGGAAAAUCUAAUUCUAGUAUGGUUUUGGCACAAGUCUUUGGAUAACACUUUCAAAGAAAGACAAGGUGAUGAUUGAUUCCAUUUCUUUCUUUUUAGCUUUGUUUUCCCCUUUUAUAUUGUUUUCUUUGUCAGUCAGCCUCUCCUUUUCUUUCAGGCGCUCUGUAAACUUUUAAAAUGUCAGCUUGUAAGGCCUAUCUUGUCAAACCAGAAUAUUUUAUAUCUCCUUCAUUGACUAUGAAAAUUCAAUUUUAGGGGCACAAGUUGUGACAAAGUUACUUCAGCGAGAAGCAAAUAAUUAUUGUCCCCUUGAUGUUUCUCACAACAGGGCUCAAGGCCUGUGUGCAUGUUUCCUCUCACUGCCGGUUGUACACACACACACACAGGCCGCAGCAUGGAACAGCCCUCUGAAUCUAGACCAAAGGUCGCUCUUGCCUGUAUGUGGGUUUGUCUGACUGAGACAGAGUGCUGCAGCAAAGGAAUACACUCAUACCAUGCAUGCUACUCACAUUCGUUAAACCUAGCCUACAGAGGAUAUACUACGGUGACUAUUUUCAGGAACCAUUCCACUAUAAUUGUGCCUUGUAGUAUGCAUUCUACACAGCCCUGAGCCCAUGUUGAGGUUCAUUGACAAAUAUUAUUUGAAAGCGGAGCUGGGAAAGCCUGUAACCUAGCAAACACAGAAGUCACAACACAUGAAUUGUAACCCACCUAGCUCCGGGGGGCCAGACAAACCAUGUCAAGGCGUUACAGGAAAAAGGGCCACCACCUCAGUUUACACAUCGUCACAGACAAGUUAGUCCAGUUCAAAGUCUCCCAGGCAGUGGGUUGGCCCGGGCCAUUAUCUAUUUACAGUUGCACGUUUUUAUGUUCAACUCAAGCUGAAUGUGUAUCAAUAUGCUGAACCUGAUCCAGCUGCUGCUAGCAUUGAAAAUCAACUGGUUGUUUCCAGAAAUACCAAGUCUCGAUAUGGUUGUCUUACUCUACUUCUUAAGAGCAUUGUUGGCCCCAAUACAAUCAGAGUUGAAUUAUCCACAAUUCACUUCAGGAGAUUUUAUGCCCAUCUUAGUACCACAAUUUGAAAAGCUUCAAAAAGUUUUAAAAUCACAAGCAACAAACUAGAAUAUAGCUGUUUGUUUGGUAGCACUUUAUAUUACAGCACAGAAUACAGUGGGUAGGCCUAUAACAUGGUAAUGCAGUGGGUAGGCCUAUAACAUGGUAAUACAGUGGGUAGGCUUAUAACAUGGUAAAAAGGAACGUUUUGCACAGUAUUUACUGUACUUUUGUCUAUUCUGACCUGCCCAUCUUCCUCCUCUCUCUCUGUCUCUCCCUCCCCCCCCCCCGUCUAGGUGUGGGGGCACAGUGGGUGCUAUUCUGACUUGUCCGCUGGAAGUAGUGAAGACCAGACUCCAGUCCUCUCAUGUCACCUUCUACAUCUCUGAGGUGCAGCUCAGCACAGUCAACGGGGCCAGUGUGGCCCGCAUGGCCCCCCCGGGACCCUUGCACUGCCUCAAGUAAGUUCACCAACACACAGGGGUCACAGAGAAUAUCCUACACAUUAUGUAUGUUUACAGGGUUUGGUGGGUCAGUUCUAUUUUAAGUUCAGUUCAGUUCCAGACUAUUCAGGUGAUGAACUGAAAUGUUUGCACUUACCACAGAGAAUACACACUGUGUCUACUCAGUGAGGUUGUGGUCAACUCUAUUUGAAGUUUAGUUCAGUUCCAGUCUAUUCUUGGGAUGAGUGGGUGUUUAUGCACAUUGCACAGACAAAAACCCUGUGGGUCGAAUUCCGACCCAAAACGUUCACGUGUAACCCAGAUUUCUGAUAAGCUCUGUUGACAUUAGUGCAGGGUUUCAAUGACCGUAAAUGUUGGGGUCAAUCUGAUCUCUUAUCAAUUCAAUGAAUCAAUGGAAAUCAUCCUAACCCUUGUACCAGCAACUGGCAAACCAACAGCAAACAUUCCUGCAUCAUCAAACGAUCGCCGACCCUCUCAGGAAGAGUUUAUAUCUGGACGUUUCACUGUCAAGGCCACCUACAGUAUCUCACCUGCCCUUUGAUACCAUGACCUAACACCCUAUGACUCAAAGAUGUGUUAUGAGUUACUGUAGACGGGAGUGUUAUCAGACAGAAAUGUCUUUCAACUUUUCAUUUUUCAUGGUUACGGAGGGGUCGUCUUUUAUUGUCCACAAAGGUCGUUAAUGAAAGAGUCUACUUUACCACGUUAAAAAAAUGUUUUAAGCUAGGAGAGUCAUUCCCUGCUUUCAUCAUACUAUGUUAUGACCGAAUCUUCACUUGCAUUCAGCAUUUUGAUUGUAGGAAUAUGGCUCUCCCACACUGGGUCCGACAUUAACGAUGGCCCGGGACCAGUAAAAACAUGUCGGGCCAGUGUAUCUUGUCAGUGUAUUUUUGCAUUCCAGUUCAACAUUUACCUGCUCUGUCGCAGUCUACCAUUGAAAACCAUUGAAGACUACAGUCGUGCUUGUUGUAUUUGAGCAAUAUAUGAUUGGCCGUUCAUUCAAGCUCCACCACGCUCCCGCAGUCACAACUGCUCGAACACUCAAGUUGAUGCGUUAAUACAAUGUAAUUCUAAAGAAUAGAGUAAUGACUUACAUUGCUAAAUUAUAUUACACUGCUUUAUAAUACAUAUCAUAACCAAAUGUAGCAUGUUAAUAGCUGCAUAUAGAGAGAAAGGAUGCCAACCUAUACGACCUGCAUGACCCCAAUUCAUUUUAAAACUACACCAUGUCUGGGCCAGUAGAAAUUCUGUUUGGAUGAGUAGAUUUAUGGCCAACUGACCCGACCGGGCCAGUGAGAGAAAACGUUUACAAUGGACCCUGCCCACACACUAAACCACAUAGCGGGAAUAGCUUCUUGACAUUAUUUUUGUAAAACACAUCUCAGAUUGGGGGUUGUAGCCUUGCUUUCAUCAUUUCCGAUAAGGCAGAAAUAUCCCUUAUCAUAUUGGACAAGUACAAGGUGUUCCAUCGCAUACUUAAAUCUGCCUCUCGCUCACUUGUAAAAAUAGGAGAACAGAAGGGGGAGAGGCUUAGUGUGGAUCUGUUUUGGUUCGCUCAUACCAAUAGCUGUUAACAUGCCCUCACCUCAAAUAUUCCCCACCGAGGGGCCUGGAGGCACAACCUGUUUCACAACUGGCGUAGUGAAGGGAGCAUACAGUAAGUGAGGGGUAAUGGAGGCUUGAGCAUAUUACCUAAGUACACUGGGCCAUAGACCUUGUAGUUGUAUGGGCAUACAGUGCAUUUGGAAAGUAUUCAGACCCCUUGACUUUUAACACAUGUUGUUAUGUUACAGCCUUAUUCCAAAAGGGAUUACAUUGUUUCCCCCCCCCCCCUCAUCAAUCUACACACAAUACCCCAUAAUGACAAAGCAAAAACACGUUUUUAGAUUUUUUUGGCCAUAUUUAUAAAUAAAAGAAACUGAAAUAUCACAUUUACAUAAGUAUUCAGACCCUUUACUCAGUACUUUGUUGAAGCACCUUUGGCAGUGAUUACAGCCUUGAGUCUUCUUGGGUAUGACGCUACAAGCUUGGCACAACUGUAUUUGGGGAGUUUCUCCCAUUCUUCUCUGCAGAGUUGUAUGGGCAUAUCUAUUGAGAUAGGCCUUUAUCGGUCUUUACAAGGCCUGUUCACCAAAUCUUGAUCUCUCCAACCAAACAUACUCCUUUUGGACAUAAUUAGGUGCCUCCAACGCCCUUUUUCAGUUAAUACAUGAAGUGUAAAUUCCAUCUUGAUCGAUGUAGCUAUCUUCAUCCGUGGCCUUAUCACUAUAAAAGCCACUUCAUUAAUGAUAUACAAAGAUUGUACCAAUCAAGCCAGAAGCAAUGGUUAACCAAGACAAGGACCAAGAGUACUGCUACAUAUACAACGAUUGUGCUUUCCAGUGAAAUUUCGAUAAAGGCCCCUUUUUAAGGAAAGCUUUCAUCAGGCUUUGGAAGGAGGUAGAGGGCUGCAUUCCUGCGGGAUGGCCACAGGACCUGCGGGUCCCGACAGAGAUCAUUGCGGCGCGGUCUGCAUUUCUCAUGCUGCGGUUGAGAGCGGGCAGUCAGACAUACAACUUUGGGAUGAAAAUAUUUAUAUUUUGGGGAAAAAGUCGUCUUCCUGAUUUGUAUGCGUUAGCCAAGGCCUACCUAUUGUAUUAAGCACAUCUUUGUCGCAUCAUUCACACACUCUCAGAUUUUGCUGCUUCAAGUUAAGGAUCCUACCUCUCCUCUCCUAGUUUGGCAUGCGAGAUCAAGUGCACCUAGUACCUAUAUGUGGGUCUCAAUGAAAUACAGUAGGCUGCCUAUGCAUGGGCAGAGAAUCACGUGGAAGUUAUCUUUUCAAGGAAAUUAAAUAUGAUUAGAUUCGUUUAGGACAGUGUCUGUAAAUAAAUAUUGAUAAAGAAGUGGAGGGCGCUCAACCAACGUGAGUCGAGGUGCAAUCCAAUUUUUAAAAUCAUAAUUCAAAAGAAAAAGGCACAACUUGCGCAUAGGUUAGGUUACUAUGGUUAGCGAGCGUUACGCCUUUUCAUUUUCAAUAAAUAUUGAUUACCCAUUUAUUUGUCUCUGCCUGCAAAUCGUCUUCCUAAAAGGUAGGCUAUAUCCUAUAUGCAGAACGUAGCUCAAGAGAAAGUGCAAGUGUCCGCUGUCAUCAUUCUUGCUGCUUCAAGUUCAGUAGCCAUAUCUGCGAGAUCAGGUGCGCAUGUGGUCUCAGUUAAAUAGAGUAGGCUAUAGCCUAUGCAUGGACGGAGAAACACGGGGCAGUUAUCUUUUCAAGGAAAUGUACUUCCUAAAUAUGAUUACGCUAUAGUUUACUACAUUGCCUAAAAAUAAAUAUUGAUCACCCAUAUUUGUCUCAGUCUGAAUAUAUAAAACGUAGCUCAAGAGAAAGUGCAAGUCUCCAACUCUGCUCUCUUAAACCCCCCUAGAGUCGAUUUCCGCGGCCCCGCUGAAUUCUAAUUAGCGUAAUAAAUAAAAAAAAUCUGUCUGUUUAAGCUGGAGAUUGCAUUGGAUGAUUCUCAAUCGACCGCAUCCGCCGAUGUUGCCCUUCCGCAUCUGCGGUGAAAGCUGGCAGAGCUACAGAGGUGUUUGUCGGACCAUGAGACAUCACGAAAAUUGGUCUUCUCACGAAAACAUCUUUAGCGCCCGAACGGUUUGGCCCAAAAAAACAUGAUGACGCCUCUAUUCGCUGAUAUAUCCCAGUAAUACCGAUAGCUUAAUCUAAUGGGCCACGUGAACAUUUCUGGUAAUUUAUCCUAUUUCUACGGUUAUUUUUGCGCAUUUUGAUAUUGCCUAUAGGGCACAAAAUUGCUGGGACUAUGGCUGGCAUGUGAGCUCCGUCACAUGGUUGGGUUCGGGACCAGUUCUUGUGGUAGCGGGUAGGAGUCCGACAGAAAGCCAGCGGGUGUGGGCGGGUUCAGUAUGAAAAGCUGCGGGCGGGAGCGGGAUGAAUAAAUCAGUCCCGCACAGACCUCUAGCUGGAGGCUUGGUUCCGUCUUAUCACAGCUGCACUGUUCUUGGACCUGCUUCUCUCCCUUCUUUCCCUCAGUCAACAUCCAUGCUUCUGCCCUGGGGAAGUACUAGCUGAAACCCAACACCACCACUAUGCAGCACAGGGAGAAAACAAACCUGCAGAAGUGGGUCACCAGUGUACGCAGCGCUGGCCAAAUCCCAUUUAGAACAGAGUAGAUCUGUAUGAGCUGAGUUCUGUGGCUGCGUAGAUAUGAGGGAAGAUGCUGAAAGUCUUCUAGGACUGUAUUCAUAGUUGACUGUAUUCAUAGUUGACUGUAUUCAUAGGUGACUGAAUUCAUAGUUGAAUCUAGAUAUAAAACUAUUUCAAAGCAGUGAGUGUGUGCUAUUUCGAUGAAUUAGGUUAAUGGUGGAAUAGCCUUGGCUUGAAUUCAGGCUAAGGAUGUAGGGAAGCAGUGAUGUCAGCAUAUGGGGCAACAUUUCAUCAUGGCGCAUUAAGAACACCUGCUCUUUCCAUGACAGACUAACCAGGUGAAUCCAGGUGAAAACUAUGAUCCCUUAUCGAUGUCACUUGUUAAAUCCACUUCAAUCAGUGUAGAUGAAGGGGAGGAGACAGGUUAAAGAAGGAUUUUAAAGAGACAGUUGAGACAUGGGUUGUGUAUGUGUGCCAUUCAGAGGAUGAAUGGGCAAGGCAAAAUAUUUAAGUGCCUUUGAACGGGGCAUGGUAGUAGGUGCCAGGCGCACCGGUUUGAGUGUGUCAAGAACUGCAAUGCUGCUGGGUUUUUCACGCUCAACAGUUUCUUGUGCGUAUCAAGAAUGGUCCACCACCCAUAGGACAUCCAGCGAACUUGACAACUGUGGGAAGCAUUGGAGUCAACAUGGGGCAGCAUCCCUGCAUCCUGAGGGCAAAAGGGGGGGAUACAGCUCAAUAUUAGGAAGGAAGGUGUUCUUAAUGUUUUGUACACUCAGUGUUUAGGCUAAUGACACUAUAAACACAGCAUGACCGCUAUCAUCAGCCAUUUUCAUAGAGCAGCUACUUGCACUGCGUGACCUUACAAUGUCAUACUCUCCAUUGGAGGCCUGCUAUCUAGCUUAACUGUUUGGCAAGCCGCCUAAUGCUAGCUGAAUGAGCCAUGACCACGUUGACUCAUUAGUUACAAACUGUCACAUGCCACUCUCUUAUCGCUUAUCUCCGAUUACACAAGUCACCUAUCAGUUAUCAGGUAUGUUGCCCUGUAGUACAUUUCCUCUCUCGAUUUUAAAUCCCCAUGAUGUCCCAAUGUCACCCUCCCACAUACGAAUGCUGAAAUACAUCAUCUAAUUGAAUGCAUCAUAAGUUAUAUUGAUCUGUUUUGACACUUUUUGUUUUUGUUUCCUUUGGUCCAUUUUGCAAUAACACACAGUAUCAGGAAAUGGACCAUAAAUGCAUUUGUUUAUUACUAUUAGUCACGAAUAGAAGAUUUUAGGCAAAGGCCGAUGUUCUAUGGUCAUGGCAGGCUGAUUAUCCACAUUGGCACUAUCCCACGACUGGAGCACUAUCUUGAUAUCAAUAUUUUCUUUUGUUUCAUCAUAUCAAUAAUUAGCACUUGAUUUAGCACUAUGCUAACUAACAUCACCCCUCUCUCUCCCUCUACAGGUUGAUACUGGAGAAGGAGGGACCCCGCUCUCUCUUCAGAGGGCUGGGGCCCAACCUGGUGGGUGUGGCUCCUUCCAGGUAUGGCCACACUUCCUGUGCAAUAAUUAUCCUUCCUGUUGUGGCUUCUGCUACUAUUUUCUGUCUUUCUGUGUAGGCUACUUCAUGGAGCUUUUUUUCUGGCAACCACAGAUUUAAAAGGGGUGGCGAAGUAGAUUUUAUAUUCUAUUCAGCUAUGAGACAUUAGAGAGAAUUCUGUUUGUCUUUGGUUUUCCAUUAUUUGACCUUGGCGAGACCUCUGUCAAAAUCCCUUUUUUUAAACCACCGUCCACAUCGGAGGACAAGAUGAUUACCACAAUUUACGUUAUUUUUCAUAAAAUCAUACAGAACAUAAUCUUUGUCCAUGAAAAAAACAAUACAUGAUUUCUACUGAAUCCCAGUAAAAUUCCACUCCCGCCCCGUCCUCAUCUUCCACCUCCACCAGGGCAUUAUUAAUUCUCCCUAUUGGUAGAACCCAGACGGAAAUGAGACCGUUCUAAGUGUGAGCCAUAUUACGCAACAGCAGCCUCCUGGGUCCAGUCUCUGUUAAUCAGAGUCACUGUGAGCAGAGCAGCGGCCGUCCACUGGGGCUGCUGCUGGGUCAUGUGACUGAUUGUGUCGCUGCCAUAUCAUCACAAUGCAGCGAUGCCAUUGGCCCCCUCUGUUGUUGUGUGUUUAAUCUCCCCUUCCCUGGAUGAGAUGGCUCUCUGUCUCUGUUUACCUUACACUUAGUUUUUCUCUGUAAAUGUCUCUUUUCUGCAUUUAUCGCUUCACCUCUCUGCAUGUAGAUUAUCUCUCUCUCAUUCUGUUUUUCUCACCCUCACUGUGGGGCGUUAAAUGCCCAGUGAUGGUCUGCCCUGGUUCCGGCUGUGUAUUUUGUGUCUGUCUAGGCUGUGCCUGUGAGUAUGCUGAGUCUCUGAAUAGAUUUUGUGUGUGUGUGUGUGUUUUCCCGUCCUCUGUGGAGUGAGCUGCUCUCCCUAGCUGUGGCGGCUGGCUGCCUCGUGACGUGCAGGGAAGAGAGGGGACAUUAUGUAAAGUCUGCCUCGACACUGCAGGGAAGGGAGACCAACAGCAGGGCCCACUAACCUGAGCACACACACGCCUUUGCUAAUACUGCAGGACACGAGAGAGGGAGGUAGUGAGAGAGCGAAAAGAGAAAGACUGACCUGAGCGCACACUGCCUUCGAAAAUACUGUGGAGGAAAGAGAGCGAGAAAUGCAAAGGGCGAGAAAUCAAUCAUCCUCCAUUAAGACAAACUGCAGGGUUCCUCAAUGCUGCUGCACUGGGACGGAGCAAAAAAACCACAACUUUUCACCAACACCGCUCACCAGCGACUUGACACUAACCAGGCUUUACCUACAGUAACACAGCAGGAAACCUUAUCUAACCGGGCUUUACCUACAGUAACACAGCAGGAAACCUUAUCUAACCGGGCUUUACCUACAGUAACACAGCAGGAAACCUUAUCUAACCGGGCUUUACCUACAGUAACACAGCAGGAAACCUUAUCUAACCAGGCUUUACCUACAGUAACACAGCAGGAAACCUUAUCUAACUGGGCUUUAUCUACAGUAACACAGCAGGAAACCUUAUCUAACCGGGCUUUACCUACAGUAACACAGCAGGAAACCUUAUCUAACCGGGCUUUACCUACAGUAACACAGCAGGAAACCUUAUCUAACCGGGCUUUACCUACAGUAACACAGCAGGAAACCUUAUCUAACCGGGCUUUACCUACAGUAACACAGCAGGAAACCUUAUCUAACCAGGCUUUACCUACAGUAACACAGCAGGAAACCUUAUCUAACCGGGCUUUACCUACAGUAACACAGCAGGAAACCUUAUCUAACCGGGCUUUACCUACAGUAACACAGCAGGAAACCUUAUCUAACUGGGCUUUAUCUACAGUAACACAGCAGGAAACCUUAUCUAACCGGGCUUUACCUACAGUAACACAGCAGGAAACCUUAUCUAACCGGGCUUUACCUACAGUAACACAGCAGGAAACCUUAUCUAACCAGGCUUUACCUACAGUAACACAGCAGGAAACCUUAUCUAACCGGGCUUUACCUACAGUAACACAGCAGGAAACCUUAUCUAACCGGGCUUUACCUACAGUAACACAGCAGGAAACCUUAUCUAACCGGGCUUUACCUACAGUAACACAGCAGGAAACCUUAUCUAACCGGGCUUUACCUACAGUAACACAGCAGGAAACCUUAUCUAACCGGGCUUUACCUACAGUAACACAGCAGGAAACCUUAUCUAACCGGGCUUUACCUACAGUAACACAGCAGGAAACCUUAUCUAACCGGGCUUUACCUACAGUAACACAGCAGGAAACCUUAUCUAACCGGGCUUUACCUACAGUAACACAGCAGGAAACCUUAUCUAACCGGGCUUUACCUACAGUAACACAGCAGGAAACCUUAUCUAACCAGACGGAGAAGUCAGUAACACAGCAGCUGUGUGCCCUGGAUGUGGAACGGUACUGGCUGAUAUGUCUCCCCUUGGCAGCGGGCUGCAGAGUGCUACCGAGCUGAGCAUCUUGUUGGCCAUUUAGAGCAUGGUUGAAUGGUUGGCUGGUUGGCUGGGCAGUCAGAACACAGCACACACACAAGCUUUAAAUCAGUCCAUCACUAAGGUCGGCCAUUACAUAACACUCACAAACACACACACGUGCGCCCAAUCUCACAUCUGCAUGCACACACAUGUACAUGCACAGUGUACUCUCACUCUGACAAACGCACACUAAGGGCGAAGUGAGCAAGCCGAGCGCAGGCGGGUCGUUGGUUUUAAAUCCCCACAGCGGAAAUGUCUACUUGAGUAAUCCUGUGAUUUGAGUUAAGUAGAGAGAGAGUAGGAGCUGCAAGGGCGAUAAAUCUCCAGCUAAAGCAGGGUUUGGGUGCCUGGGUGGGGAUGAGUUGUACAUAUGCAUGCGUGUGCAGUGACCUUCAGAUGGACACACUACGCAGGAACCCUCCUAAUGGACCAUUAUUUAUAUAGGCCUAGAUGGGGGGUUUAAUGUGGGUUGGUGACAUGGGGACACACAAAACUACCCAAAUGAAUGCAACCGGUUUCAGUGAAAAUCGCUCAUGUCAUCAGUUCCAGGUCAUUUACUCUGUGUCAAUUUGGACAGAGGGGACGCUGCCUGUCAUUUAUACUGUGCUAUUUUGCCCUAAUCUCACAAGAUGGAAACAUGUUUUUUGUUUGCUAUAUUGGUAUCGACUGUCAUGACCCAAGAAAAUAUUAUUUAUCGGUAACGGGCCGGAGUUCCGAAAUUGUUAUCGAUUGAUUCCCUGUAUUCUUAGCUCACAUCAAUUCCCUCCUGUUUCCACAGAGCAAUCUACUUUGCAGCUUACUCCACUGCCAAGGAGAAGCUGAACGGUGUGUUUGAGCCUGACUCGACGCAAGUCCACAUGGUGUCUGCAGGCCUAGCAGGUAACAGUCGUUCCACAAACCCCCCCCCCCUCGGCUGUCUGUAACAUCUUGUCAGUGCAGUUUCUACUGGUUGUUGCUGCAUUCAAAGUUGACUUGUUUAGACAAUUGAUUUCAGCUACUUAUUUUAUUUUGACGGAUUACAUAGAAAGGUCAAGGGGAUAUUGUUUAGUUUUUAUUUUAAAAUAUUUAGUUUUUGUUUAAAGUAACAGGAAACAUAUUUUUAUUUGAUAAAAUUGAUUAUUCUUAUUAAAAAAAUUAAAAAAUAACAUUGUUAUGGGAUGGUUAUGGGGUGUAUGGGGUUGCUGUUUCAUUUGAAGAUAAUUCAAUGUUUUAUAAACAUUGCUCUAGCCUAUUUCCAGCCAAGGCUAUGUGCUAGACAUUGCCACUAUAUGGCUUACCUUGUUGUGGACAUUUUCUAGCUUCCUGUGUGAGUGUUUUGAAUAUCAAGCACAGAUGGUUUGUCCGAAAGCACAAUUGAAGACUUUCAGGAUCAAACGGUCUCUUGACGACUACAAUAAACCCCACUUUAUAUUUAUAGUGACAGUGAAGAGGUUAUGGCUUAUUCUGCCCUUCAAUAUUGUAGUUCUUAAGUUAGAUGUGAAAAUAACCUUUUCAUUUUUCUUUGUCAAAGCACUAACUAAGAAAAUACAAAAAGUGUGAAAAAGACAAAGCACACGGUUAACUAUUGCAUUUUGUACUAACUGCCUCUAUUAAUAUAUUGAACUGCUCUCUCUCAAGAGCUUUUACACUCGGCGAAUAGAACCACUGACCCACGUAACUGCUUUGUCUUUGUCCUACCAUGAUAUACAGCCAACAUGGCAGAGGCUCAACACUUUACUACAUACCACUACUUACCACUAUAAUACUUACCAGUAGCUAGCUGGCUGGUCCAGCAAUUUGAAAAAAAUAAACAUCCUCAAAGUUUGGGUUGUGCUUUCUGUCCCACCCCUACUUCCCCCAGUUAUUUUUCUCCUUUCCCCAUUUCUUCAUUUGUCGUCUCUUUUGAGGCUCUUCGGAGGAUCCUAAAUCGUGUUAACGUACCAGUUGGUUGCUAAACAGUGAGUGUGGCCCUUCACGCGCUGUCUGUGCUGUGUGUGUACAGUAGUAAAGGCCCCAGGGCGCAAACAUGUCAGGGGCCUCACUGCGGGAGGUCUCCUCGCCUCGCGGCUACACGCCCACCGGACGUUGUUGGGCGGACGCCUCAGGUAGCACCCCAUUUCCUUUCACUGGUAUGACCAUGAUGCUAAUGAUGAUGAUGCUAUUGAUGCUAAUAAUGAUGAUGCUGAUGCUAGUAUAGGUCACGGCCAGCUGGUUUGCAGCUCUCGUAUCUCCUAUAACGUCUAUGUGAUUGCACAGUCUUGAUACACUGCCCCCUUCCCCCAUUUACCAGCCUGUUACCCCCCCCCCCCCCCCCCACCACCACCACCACCACCACCAUCACUGUAAAAAGUAAAUGAACAACACACGCACUUUGAUUUACGUUAGUCAGCAAAUGAAGGGAAAUGCUAACCUUGUCACUAUUAGAGGUUUGAGUGUCCUUAUUUGGCUUGUCCAUUCAACAUCAUUACUCUUGAACAGCUACCACAGCAGAUGUAGUUAAUCUAUGUAGUUCACGUGGUUAAUUCAUGUUCCGCUAUGUACGUCCAACAGGAGCUAUGCUCUACACUGUGCCUUAAAUAUGCCACCCAUGUAACAUACAUGUACAGUGGGGUCCGAAAUGAUUGACACCCCUAAAUAUUCGUAUAAAUAAAGUAGUCAGAAGUUUAGUAUUUGGUUCCAUAUUCCUAGCACGCAAUGACUACAAGCUUGUGACUCUUCAAACUUGUUGGAAGCAUUUGCAGUUUGUUUCGGUUGUGUUUCAGAUUAUUUUGCGACCAAUAGAAAUUAAUGGUAAAUAAUGUAUUGACUCACUUUUAUUGUAAAUAAGAAUAUAAUAUGUUUCUAAACACUUCUACAUUAAUGUGGAUGCUACCAUGAUUACGGAUAAUCCUGAAUGUAUUGUGAAUAAUGAUGAGUGAGAAAGUUAGAGGGUAAAGAUCAUACCCCCAAGACAUGCUAACCUCGCUCCAUUACCAAUAACAGGUCAUGUCUUGCAGGUAUUCUUGAGUUGGCAUAUCACAAAACUGCUAAUCAAAGAUAAAUAAUAAUAAUCCGAGAUAAAUAAAUCAGACCAUCUAAGUUUGUCAUUUAUAGACUAUAUUAAUAUAUGCCAUUCUUUAUAAACCAGCUUGACAAGGUUAGCAUUUGAACCCUCUCUUGCACUUCUUGACCUUUUUAUUAUGACUCAGUGUUGACUUUGUCCCCUAUUUUAUUUGACCCCAUUGCUGCUGUUUAGAAUCAAUAAAAGUGAUUAUAGUAAUGAUACAAUGGUACACAAGGAAUGGCACAUGUAGCAUCAGCUAAGAACAUCAUUUAAAGAUACUAUUUGAUUCUUAUUGUGUACCUUGCAUGUGUAUUUGUUAUGUCCUGCACAUCAUUUGAAUUAUACCAGUGGGGUGAUGUUCCGACAGACUUGCAUUUUUCUCUUUUUUUCCCUAACCAAGAAAGACAUACCUGACAGAACGACACGAGACGUCCUCUUGCAUUUAAAACAGGUGUGGGUCGGGAAAGGUCACAGGGUCGGGGGGUUAUAGAGGAGGGGUGGGGGGGGGGGGAGAUGGGGUGUGACCCCUUUCUCCUCUCCCACCUUAGUUGUUGGUUUAAAAAAAGGGUGGGUAAAAAUGUGGGAGAGGGGAGGCUUAGGUGGAUCUUACCUGUUUAUAUAAAAAGUGGGGGGUUGGGGGGAUAGUGGGUUGGGAGAGAUGGGAGUGACGCUUUUCCUCCUUUUUUACCUAUUUAAAAAAACGGGGAUUAGGUAGGAUUGGUAUUUCCUCUCCCAUCUAUGCAUUUGUGGGUGGGUUGGUUGGUUGACUGCUGCCUGUGUGUGACUGUGGUACAGAAAAGCCUGUGUCUAUUUUAGGGCUUUACUGUAGCUUUCACCCCUGCGUGAGGGGGGAGAGCCCCAGCCACCUCAGCCCCCCAUAUCUGCAGGCUUCUAGCUGCAGCUGUGAGGCGGAGUAGCUUUGCCCCUACUCUGUGAGUACACGCCAUAGAAGCUAUCUCUCUUCCUCUUCUUUUACUUCUUCUUCUUCCACAGACUUUUCAUCCUCUUCACGCAGUUGCCUUAGGACUGUGUCCCUCGAUACAGUAGAAGCUCUAGAGCGAUACUGUACUGUAGAACUUGGUUUCUUGUUUAGAGAAAAUGCUAUUGUCCAUUUUAGCUCUUGGCGCAAUGUAGUGAUGUAUAUUUAUGUUCAUUUGCCAAUGGCCAUGUUUGAAUGCUGUUGUUGUUUAGAGAUUAAGUAUCUCGACGACAUCGGUACAAAGCAUACGUGAUGUGCCAGAUUACUGUCUGUCUUUAAAUAUGCACACCUUAUUAUCACACUAGCAUUACCUGCACCUUACACAUUUGUCAUAUACCUGUAUACCUUGUAAUGUGUAUGACAUGACACUCACUUGUGAACUAACAUAAUGACUUGAUGCAUUAUCAGGGGAUUCAUUGGUCUCUCUGAUUGAAAACUAAUUCAAAUCCAAAUUAGUAUAAGCAACUUAUUAAUAACACUAAACUAAUACAUGUUUUGGUACCGCUUUAUCACUAAUAUAUAUAUAUAUAUAUAUAUAUAUAUAUAUAUAUAUAUAUAUAUAUAUAUAUAUAUAUAUAUAUACACACACACACAGUGCAUUCGGAAAGUAUUCAGACCCCGUGACUUUUUCCACAUUUUGUUAUGUUACAGCCUUAUUCUAAAAUGGAUUUUUUAUUUUUAUUUUUUUAUAAACCUCAAUCUACACACAAUACCCCAUAAUGACAAAGCGAAAACAGGUUUUUAGAAUAAAAAACAGAUACCUUAUUUACAUAAGUAUUCAGACCCUUUGCUAUGAGACUCGAAAUUGAGCUCAGGUGCAUCCUGUUUCCAUUGAUCAUCCUUGAGAUGUUUCUACAACUUGAUUGGAGUCAACCUGUUGUAAAUUCAAUUGAAUGGACAUGAUUUAGAAAGACCCACAGUUGACAGUGCAUGUCAGAGCAAAAACCAAGCCAUGAGCUCGAAGGAAUUGUCCGUAGAGCUCCGAGACUGGAUUGUGUCGAGGCAUAGAUCUGGGGAAGGGUACCAAGACAUUUCUGCAGCAUUGAAGGAACACAGUGGCCUCCAUCAUUCUUAAAUGGAAGAAGUUUGGAACCACCAAGACUCUUCCUAGAGCUGGCCGCCCGGCCAAACUGAGCAAUCGGGGGAGAAGGGCCUUGGUCAGGGAGGUGACCAAGAACCCGAUGGUCACUUUGACAGAGCUCCAGAGUUCCUCUGUGGAGAUAGGAGAACCUUCCAGAAGGAGAACCAUCUCUGCAGCACUCUACCAAUCAGGCCUUUAUGGUAGAGUGGCCAGACAGAAACCACUCCUUAGUAAAAGGCACAUGACAGCCUGCUUGGAGUUUGCCAAAAGGCACCUAAAGGACUCUCAGACCAUGAGAAACAAGAUUCUCUGGUUUGAUGAAACCAAGAUUGAACUAUUUGGCCUGAAUGCCAAGCCUCACGUCUGGAGGAAACCUGGCACCAUCUCUACGGUGAAGCAUGGUGGUGGCAGCAUCAUGCUGUGGGGAUGUUUUUCAGCGGCAGGGCCUAAGAUGAAAACCUGCUCCAGAGCUCUCAGGACCUCAGACUGGGGUGAAGGUUCACCUUCCAACAGGACAACCCUAAGCACACAGCCAAGACAAUGCAGGAGUGGCUUUGGGACAAGUCUCUGAAUGUCCUUAAGUGGCCCAGCCAGAGCCCGGACAUGAACCCGAUCGAACAUCUCUGGAGAGACCUGAAAAUAGCUGUGCAGCAACGCUCCCCAUCCAACCUGACAGAGCUUGAGAGGAUUUGCAGAGAAUAAUGGGAGAAACUCCACAAAUACAGGUGUGCCAAGCUUGUAGCAUCAUACCCAAGAAGACUCAAGGCUGUAAUCGCUGCCAAAGGUGCUUCAACAAAGUACUGAGUAAAGGGUCUGAAUACUUAUAUUAAUGGGAUAUAUCAGUAAAAAAAAUAAUCUAAAAUCCUGUUUUUGCUUUGUCAUUAUGGGGUAUUGUGUGUAGAUUGAUGAGGGGGGGGGGGGACUAUUUAAUCCAUUUUAUAAUAAGGCUAUAAUGUAUCAAUGUGGAAAAAGUCAAUGGGUCUGAAUACUUUCCGAAUGCACUGUAUAUAUGCACGCACGCACGCCAAGUUCCCCUGGGAAAUACCACUUGACCUCCUCUACUCAGCGAUAUUCAGUUAUUCCUCAUGUCCUCUUGAAUAAUUCAAGAAUGCCAGACUCCAUUUUGUUUCCUCAUGGUCCGUGGCAGCCAAUGAGGCCUUCAGCUGAGGCUCAGACCAUGACGACACUGCACAAUUACUUGCUAUUUAUAUGUAGGCCUACUGUAGGGCUGAGCUCUCCCCAUCUGGGAGCUAGCUACUAUUGUUCACAUUAAAUUUACUCAAUUCAUUGACUCAUUUAUACGGUAGUCUUUUAUCAGGCACUCUUAACCAGAGUGAAUAAUAAUACUAUUAAUUAAGGGGGCUGAACAAUAGCAUAGCACUAUGUUAUAUCUUAUAUUUCUAUAGUGCCUGGUGUGUACAUGAGAUUCAGGCCCACCUUGUUUAUAAAUACUUAGGAAUAGUAUUUAUGAUUAAGUAUAGCCACAUCUUAGAUAUAUUUAUUACAACUUCUAGAGAUGAUAAUGAGGAACGUUAGAUACUUGGACUAGGCUACAUCUUUAAGCUGAGUUUUUACCCGUGCUGUAAUACAAUCUUGAUGAGGAAUCUAAUCAGUCCAUAUAAUCAUUAUUCAAUUCCUGUGAAGGACAAACAGUCUGCCCUAAUCAAAGGUAAUCAAGUUCAUUUUUAUAUCAUCUCUGGCCUGAUUCCGGAAUACCAGAGAAAAAGGAAAGGUUUUACGAGAUUGCCAAUACGUAAAUAAACAGCUCAUAAACACAGCUUGAAGAUGUCAACAAUGCUUUCAGACACUGCAGCCAGUUGAGAAGGAGAGUAGCUUUAUAUAGAAUUCACUGGGGUUGUAUUUCACAAACGCAGGAUCGAUAGACUGGCCAGCACUCAUUUCUAACUCUUACUUUUCUAGUUCAUUAAGCCAGCUGAAGUUGAAUGUCAUUUGGUUGGGUUACUGCGAGUAUUGAGUCCGUAAUAUCAUUCCCUAUAUUCAAGUUUUUCUUUCUUCAUCAUCCAGGAAAUAAAGAGUUAUUGUUAGCUGGCUAACUCCUUGGUGGUGCUUUGUGAAAUACCCCCCCAAAACGUAGGCCAAUAUAUAUCUUUGUCCUUGGAUAGGCUGUCUUUCACACCGUGUCACUCUCCCCGUCUGAACCUCUGAACUCUUCUUCCCAGGGUUCACUGCUAUCACUGCGACCAAUCCCAUCUGGCUUAUAAAGACCCGGUUGCAGCUGGAUGCCAGGUAAGCACUGAGCAGGGAGUCUGGAUCUAGGCCAUCAGCUGAUUAAAUUCCCUUAGCUUAUGUUAUUCCACAGCUGUUUCAUAUUUUACUGGUUCUCUAGCUAUGUUAUGGGUUGUUAUGCUUAUUUGACUAGUUUCAUAUUGCAUUGACCCAUGGUACUAGGGGAAAGGGUGUUAUUCUGAGGAGUAGUGCAUACACUUUAUUGAAUGUUGCAAAUCCCUUUUCCAUUAUUACUUGCCAAAUGUAUCCCGUUAGCUAUAUGAUCAAAUAUCCUUUUGCGUACCUUUUUUUGCCAUGUUCAACUAUUCAUUUACCCACCCGCUACAUGUUUUUACCACAGGAACCGUGGCGAGCGGCGCAUGAAUGCGUUCGAGUGCAUGCGGCGGGUCUACCAGACGGAGGGCUGGCGGGGCUUCUACCGGGGUAUGUCUGCCUCGUACGCCGGCAUCUCCGAGACAGUCAUCCACUUUGUCAUCUAUGAGAGCAUCAAGCGCAAGCUGAUGGAGUCCAAGGCCCAGGCCAGCAUGGAUCAGGACGAGGAUGAGUCGGUGAAGGAUGCCUCAGACUUUGUGGGUAUGAUGCUGGCAGCCGCCACGUCCAAGACCUGCGCCACCUCCAUCGCCUACCCCCACGGUAUGCACCUACACCUUCAAUUUCUACUUAUUAUGUGACGGUAAAGAAUACAUCAAAAGAAUUUAUCUUAGUUUCUGUUUUAUUAGUGACAAAAAAUUGCAUAGUCUACAAAAUUGUCACUUUUGGUCUCAAUUAUUGAUACACGAUAUAUCAGCCAUAUCGUUAUCGGCCGAUAUGAUAUCGCCAAUAAUAAUACAAAAAGUUAAAACGAAUCAUGGUCAAUAAUAAGUCACUCGGUUGUUGCUCCCAUCUCACGGGGAGGAAAAUGUUUUUUCUUCUUUUUCCAUAUCAGUAUUGGUAACGUUCAUCAUGUUGAAGAAAAUAUCGGCUAUCGUAUCCGUCCGGAAUUUCCAUACUAUUGCAUCCAUGGUCUAAAUGAGUCCCCUCUUCUCUCCUCCCUCUUGCCUCUUCCUUUGUAGAGGUGAUCCGCACCCGGCUACGAGAGGAGGGCAGCAAGUACCGCUCCUUCUUCCAGACAUUGUUGACAGUACCUAAGGAGGAGGGCUACCGUGCCCUGUACCGCGGUCUCACCACCCAUCUGGUCCGCCAGAUCCCCAACACUGCUAUAAUGAUGUCCACCUAUGAGAUGGUGGUCUACCUGCUCCAACGCUAG